UCAACCCUCGCAUCUCUUGCCUCUUCUGCCCCUGUAAUUCCCAAUCUCCUUCCAAACUCUCUUCCCUUCUCUGCCCUUUCUUUCUUUCUUUCCGAUUUUCUCCAUUCUCUUUACCCGCCAUUUUCCCUCCCUUAUCCCUCUUUUCAAAUUCUCGUUUUCCUUCCCUUCCCUUUUCCCUCCCUCUUCCCCCCCCCUCCGCGGCGAUUUUCCGGCCACCGUCCGUCGUCCGCGGCCACGAUCCGAGGUUUCGAAGCUUCGCGAACAAAAAGGUCUCGCCUUUAUGCGUUUAAUCCGUUGUUGGGACGCUUUUCUGGGUUGUCACUGGCUCACUUGCGACUGAAGGCAUGCUUUGAUACGGUUGGACGAGCAGGUUGAAAAUUGAUAGUAUCUUUUAGAGGCCGUGGAGCUGUUUUUAGUUACUGUUGCUGAAUUUUGGUAUAUUGAGACUGGUGUCUGGAAAUGGCUAACCAUGAGUUGAUACUUGGGCAAAGUCAUAAUGUAACACUUGGGCAGAAUCAGCAGAUGGUGAUGAACCAUAAUCAUAACAUUGGUGGUAUUGGCCAGAGUCAUGAGUUGGAACUAGGACAAGCACAUGAGCAUCACUUGGAUAUAAGUCAAACCCAUGAACAUGAAUUGGGUUUAGGGCAUGCUCAUGACCAUGAUUUGGACAUAGGACAGAAUCAUGACCAAGAUGGGAAUGAUGAGCAAAAUUUUGGGCAUGAGAAUGAGUUAGCAAUGGAUCGGAAGCCUGAUCAUGAGGACCAUGAAUUGGCUAUUCCUGCUCAGAAUCACGAGUUGACUUUAUCAGAUAAUAAUGAGUUGGCUGUGUCCGAAAACCAAGAACUCGAUGAAAACAUGGAACUAGCAGUGGUUCAAAGUCAGGAAAUGGGAAUUGAAUCUGCUCAUGAUAUGACGAUUGAGGACUCCCAGCUUGUAGUUUCUCCCACAACAGCUGUACUUCAGACCCGUGCUGUUGCAAGUCCUACUUAUGAGCUGGUGGUGGGGCAAGAAUUCCCAGAUGUCAAGAGCUGCCGUAGGGCUUUGAGGGACACAGCAAUUGCCUUGCAUUUUGAAAUGCAGACCAUAAAAUCUGACAAGACUCGUUUUACUGCCAAGUGUGCCAGUGAGGGAUGUCCAUGGCGUAUUCAUGCUGCAAAACUCCCAGGAGUUCCAACUUUCACGAUCAGGACCAUCCAUGAGGCUCAUACAUGUGGAGGCAUUGCUCAUCUUGGCCAUCAGCAAGCCUCAGUUCAAUGGGUUGCAACCUCUGUGGAGCAACGGCUCAAAGAGAAUCCUAACUACAAGCCAAAGGAGAUCCUGGAGGAGAUUCACCGGGUUCAUGGCAUAACCCUAUCCUACAAGCAAGCCUGGCGAGGCAAGGAGCGCAUCAUGGCUGCUAUGCGAGGAUCCUUUGAAGAAGGGUACCGCUUGCUUCCUCAAUAUUGUGAGCAGGUUAAAAAGACGAACCCAGUGAGUAUUGCAUCUGUUUAUGGAAAUCCAACGGACAACUGCUUCCAGCGUCUAUUCAUAUCAUUUCAGGCGUCAAUUUAUGGUUUUCUAAAUGCUUGCCGGCCACUUCUGGGGCUUGAUAGGACAUAUUUGAAGAGUAAAUAUCUGGGUACGUUGCUUCUGGCUACUGGUUUUGAUGGUGAUGGUGCUCUGUUUCCUCUAGCAUUUGGUGUUGUUGAUGAGGAGAAUGAUGAUAAUUGGAUGUGGUUUCUGUCUGAACUUCGUAACCUGCUUGAGAUCAAUACAGAAAACAUGCCCAGGCUUACGAUUUUGUCCGACAGGAUGAAGUGCAUUGUGGAUGGGGUUGAAGCAAAUUUUCCAACUGCUUUUCAUGGAUUUUGCAUGCGUCACUUGAGCGACAGCUUCCGUAAGGAGUUCAAUAAUACAAUUCUUGUUAAUCUUUUAUGGGAAUCUGCUCAUGCUCUAACGGUCAUUGAAUUUGAAGCAAAGAUUUUAGAGAUUGAAGAGAUAUCACAAGAUGCUGCAUAUUGGAUCAGACGAAUUCCGCCUCGCUUGUGGGCUACUGCUUAUUUUGAGGGCACACGAUUUGGGCAUUUGACAGCUAAUAUAAUCGAGUCAUUGAAUACCUGGAUUUUGGAGGCCUCUGGGCUUCCAAUAAUCCAGAUGAUGGAAUGCAUUAGAAGGCAGUUAAUGACUUGGUUUAAUGAACGCCGAGAAACCAGUAUGCAGUGGACGUCAAUACUAGUGCCUACUGCAGAGAGGCGUGUCGCGGAGGCUCUUGAGCGUGCGCGUACUUAUCAGGUUCUUCGUGCUAAUGAAGCUGAAUUUGAAGUUAUAUCUCAUGAAGGAACAAAUAUUGUUGACAUUCGCAACCGCUGCUGCCUUUGUCGUGGCUGGCAGCUGUAUGGUUUGCCCUGUGCACAUGCUGUGGCGGCACUUCUCUCUUGUAGGCAAAAUGUCCACCGAUUUACAGAGAGCUGUUUUACAGUGGCGACUUAUCGGAAGACAUACUCGCAGACAAUUCAUCCCAUUCCUGAUAAAUCUCUCUGGAAGGAGUUAUCUGACGGAGACCCAAGUGCCAACAAAGCUGUCGAGAUUAUAAUUAACCCACCUAAGUCGCUCCGACCACCUGGACGACCAAGAAAGAAGAGAGUUCGUGCUGAAGAUCGUGGCCGCGUGAAGCGAGUAGUGCAUUGUAGUCGCUGCAAUCAGACAGGCCACUUUAGAACAACAUGUGCGGCACCCAUAUAGCUCGUCUCUCUUGACAAUUAGUUUGCUGCUUACAAGUGUCCAUGUCCUCUGUGCAAAUGAAUUUGCUUUGUGAUUAUUUAUGUAGUUUUUCAUUAGUUAGAUUGUUAAGUAAAUUCUCUAUUUGUUAGACAGUUGUGUGAAGUAAGCUCAUUAUGUGCUAUCAUAAAUGAACGUCCACGCCAAUAAUUCAAUGUUAAGCAGGAAUUAGUCGUUGUAGUAUUCAAAUUUUGGAAAGUGGUUUUUCCAGGUAUCUGUGCACAGCUUUUAAAUGCUACAGCUCAAUAAAAAUGUUGGUGUUAAAGGUGCC